CCAGGGCCAGCCGGCUAGUAGAAUCCGCUGCUAGCAGCACCUCCUCUUCCUCUUGGCUGCUUAUCCACGUGGCCCAGAAGAGUACGUAGCACAAGACAUCGUUCCCCUGCUGCAAGCAGCAACUCCUUAAAACCCAUCUCGAUCCCUCCCGUGGCGUCUCCCAACCCCCCAGCCAAUCCCUGUUCUUGUGCCAUGUGCAUUGACCCCUUCUACCAAUGGUGCCCCAGGUCACAGACCUGGCCCAUCAUUGCCCGGAAACUCGACCCUCUCUACCCCCAGCUGCUCCAUAUGUCCCGGCACCCAGCAAGAGCCUCCAGCUGCAAGGCUGGAGCUAAUUAAGAGCUCCCUUGUGUUUAGGGGGUAGCUAGUAAUGGGCUAAAGUGUGCUGGCCUCGGUGCGCAUGCUCUGUGGAGUGACGCCGCGACUCCAUGUGUAAGAAGCGCAUUAUUUGGCAAGGGGAGCAGCAGCGGAGAGGAUCAGAGAGGGAUCCCCGGCUGCACAAAAAGCUCGGGGUGCUAGUUAUUUAAUCCUGGAAAAGGGGUCUAUAUCGUGCGGAUCUGUGGGGAGCUACGUGGUAGUGCCUCUGACUGAUCUUCACAGCAGGCGCAUUGCUCAGCCAGGAGAAGUGGACAAGAUUCUCUUUGGAACCCAUGAACUUCUCUGACAGUGGCAAAAGAAAGGGAGCGGAUAAUUGUUCCAGGAUCUCGCAAUCCUUUGUCAUCUUUGCAAGUGGGAGGCAUUCUGGGCAAUAUGUGAUAGGAGUCUGUCAUAUACAUCCAUGUUGGAAAAGACACUGGCUGAUUCAAACCAGAGCUUCACAAUGACAGAGGAAGCAUGCAGGACACGAAGUCAGAAGCGAGCACUAGAACGAGAAAUAACCCAAAAUGACGUGGACAGUAAAAAAAAUAAAAUGGAUAAAGGACUGUUGGGAACAGAUCUAAAGACUGAAGGUGACAUUAAAAUAAAGACUGAUCCUGGAGCUGGGAAAGUCCAAGGAUUAUUAAAAGGAGGGGAGGUAAAAGCAACUAUUAAAGUGGAGGUGCAGACAGGUGAUGAACCUGUUGACAUGAGUACCUCAAAAAGUGAUCUAAAGAGAGAAAAGAGAGUCCCCUCGCCUGAUAUUAUAGUGUUAUCAGACAAUGAACCUUCAAGCCCUAGAAUGAAUGGUUUAACAAAAAUAGCAUUAAGAGAGACCAACACAGAGGCACUCAUGGCCUUACAGAAGAGCAGCCCAGAGGAGCGUGAGAGAAUGAUUAAACAGCUAAAAGAAGAGUUGCGAUUAGAAGAAGCAAAACUUGUUUUAUUGAAAAAACUUCGGCAGAGUCAAAUACAGAAAGAGACCACUACUCAAAAGCCUCUUGGUUCCUCUGGGAGUGCUGUGGCCACCCCUCCCCCAUUGGUGCGGGGAACACAGAAUGUUCCUGCUGGCAAGCCAUCCCUUCAGACCUCUUCACGUAUAUCGGGCACUGUUAUCCCCCCUCCAUUGGUCCGUGGAGGGCAACAAGCAUCUUCAAAACUGGGAUCUCAGCAGAAUACGCAGAUAGUAAUGCCACCUCUUGUCAGAGGAGCCCAGCCCAUCUCUGUUUCUCCCCAGCAAAUCCACAACAUCCGACAGCACUCCAGCACGGGGCCACCUCCGCUGCUUCUGGCACCACGGGCAUCCGUCCCCAGUGUACAGAUUCAGGGACAGAGAAUUAUACAACAGGGUUUAAUCCGCAUUGCCAAUGUUCCCAAUACCAACCUGUUUGUCAAUAUACCACAGGCCUCACCUACUUCAAUAAAAGGUACAACCGUGACAUCGGCUCAGGCUAAUGCUGCUACUACUACCAGUGUUGCUUCUAUAGUAAACUCCAACGAGUCCCCAGCCAGCCGGCAAGCUGCUGCCAAACUUGCACUGCGCAAGCAGCUGGAGAAGACGCUACUGGAGAUCCCACCUCCUAAACCACCUGCACCAGAGAUGAAUUUCCUGCCAAGUGCAGCCAACAAUGAAUUUAUUUAUCUGGUUGGUUUAGAGGAAGUAGUGCAGAACUUGCUAGAAACUCAAGGUAAAGUUUCAGUCGCAGCCUCAUCUCAGGAGCCCUAUAUGUGUGCUCAGUGUAAGACUGACUUCACUUGCCGCUGGAGGGAAGAGAAGAACGGAACCAUUAUGUGUGAAACCUGUAUGACAUCGAAUCAGAAAAAGGCCCUCAAGGCUGAGCACACUAAUCGACUGAAGGCUGCUUUUGUGAAAGCAUUGCAGCAAGAGCAGGAGAUUGAGCAGCGGAUACUGCAACAGACUGCUUCUCCUGUACAGAGCAAGUCAGAACCUAUAGUCCAGCAUCACUCACUCAAGCAGACUUCUAGCCAGCUGUCUCGAGGUCCCCCAGGAAGCACCCGAGGAGUCUUGCAUGCAUUUAGUCAGUCACCCAAGUUGCAGAAUGCAUCAGCUGCAGCACUUGGUAGUAGGCCAGGUAAGCAUGCUGAGAGACCUGUCAGCAAGAGCAAUGCUACUACCUGGAAGAAGACCCCCAUCACUACAGGUGGGGCUCUAGCUUUUGUCAACCCUAGUUUAGCUGUGCACAAGACUUCUUCAGCAGUAGACCGUCAACGUGAAUAUCUCCUGGAUAUGAUUCCCCCACGAUCCAUCCCUCAGUCUGCAACGUGGAAAUAAAUGCGGUGGAAUGCCCAAGAGGAAGACUCACCUGUUUCUGCCAUUCUUUUUUAUACCACAAUACAGUGGAAUCUGCUUUAAACCCAGCUGGAUUUGCCCAAGCUUCGUAGGAAGCAAGACGACUGCUCCUCGUCCCAUUGGGUGCUGCUGUCCUUGCUAUGAGAAAAUGACACCAAGAGUGAAAACAGACUCGAGCUCAUUUCGCUACCAAAUUCUUGUGAUUGGCUGAUGGUGAAGGCUGUCAGGAAGGGGGAGAAAUUCUUAUUUUGUGGCUUUGUGUAUUUAGGUGUUUGGGGGGUUUUGUGGUCACCAGCACAAAAGGAGGACUGAAAGGACUAUCUGCCUUUGGGCUCUUUACUUUGAGCUAGCUAGUCACCAAGCAUACAGUAUUCACUGGCAAUCAAGGAUGCACUUCUUUGUAAGAAAAGUGGAAUAUGAACCCAGUGAUUGCAGAUGCGUUUAGCAGGUUGAAUUCAUGUUUGCUUCUCCUCUUUCACCCAUCCCAGAAAGGCAAUCUACAAUUUAUAAUAAUGAGCGAAUGAUAAAUAAGCGCAAACUCAAAUUCCAGUUGGGCAUGAUUUCUAAUGAACUGGUUGCUGCCCCAACAGUCCCAGCUGGUGGGAGUCAGUGUAGGCCUCUCACUUUCAUUGGAUUCUGUUGAAUAGACAUUGUGGACACUUGAUGGUCUAAACCCUGAAAUUCUGAACAAUAAACAGUAACCUGUUCAGUCUCUCUGAUCUAGCACAGAGCAAUCGGCCCUUGCAAAAGUUCCCAGAGACUUUUUUUUUUUUAAAGUGAAACUUUUCUUCUCUUUUUGUUCUUUUGUGAAGUUUUAUU